AUGGAAGCCCAUGAAGGCGACACUGUCACACUAAGAUUGGAAGUACAAGUUACAUCUUAUGAUGACUUUGGAGAGUACAUUCUUGAAAUGGACAACGAAUACGGGAAAAAUUAUGAAGUAUUCGCUUUGUUGGCCGAAGGAAAACCAACAAUUGACCCAAAGGAGGACGUAAAGCUCAUCGUAAGAAGCCGACUGUAUGAGCCGGUAUCCCUUGAAAUGCACGCUAUAGGGUAUCCGUUUCCUUCGUAUACGUGGCUGCACAAUAGUCAGAAACUCAACAGCUCCGAUGAAACCUAUUCAAGUGAGGUCAUCAUUACGUCCAUGACAGUGAAAGACUACGGGAACUACACACUUAAUAUGACCAACGAAGCUGGAACUAGCAUAUAUAUUUUCUUCGUUGCUGCAUACGGACCUCCGGAGAGUCCCAAGAAUUUCGUUGUUGUAGACAUCGGCGCGACAAAUGUAACGUUGUCCUGGGUAACGGGCUAUGAUUACAACGACACACAGACCUUUGUUAUUGGUAGAAUAGUUGAGGGUAAAAUAAAAGAUUUCAAGUCAUAUCCUGAUACGUCUGAAGAUCAAGGAAACACAACCGUCACAAAAACCAUCGAUGGUUUGGACGAGGGGACGGAAUACAAUCUUACAAUUUUUUCGAUGAACAAAAACGGCAGUUCUCCCGUAAACAACUACCUGCAAUUUAUUACAUACGAAACGCCGAAAAUGGACCCAAACAGUCCAACAAAACUGAAAUUUACUCCAAGAACAAAAGAGACAAUACAUCUGGUUAUGCAUGCUGUUGGAAAUCCUACACCUGUAUUUAUUUGGGAACACAAGGGAGUCCGAUUGAACAGCUCGGACGAAAACUCUACCAGUACGGUUACAAUAAGCGACAUAAGCGCAGAGGAUUUUGGAAACUAUACUCUGAUAAUGAGCAACAAAGUGGGUAGAAGCGUCUACACGUAUGUUUUGGUUGCAGACGGUCCUCCGGAUCCAGUUUCCAAACUUGUUAUUACGGACAUUAAAAAUUCAUCUUUAAUAUUAUCAUUGUUGACCGGCUUUGAUUAUGAAAGUAAUCAGACGUUUAUGGUUUAUAACUAUUCAGAAGGGAUUAUUGAAAUUCUAACGAAAGUACCCGACAACAGUAGUGAUCCUGGUGGCAAGCAGCUUCAGCUGGUGUUAAAUAACCUUUCACCCAGAACAUUCUUCAAUAUAACUGUCAGGUCAAUAAACGCGAGAGGGGCUACUGACGCAACGGAGUUCUUAUCAUUCACAACUUUCGGUGAGCCUAUACCUGACCCCGGCAUGCCGUUUAACGAUACAACUUCCCCCAGACUAGGUGAAACAACAACAUUUACGCUUAAAUGGUUGGCGAACCCGGAUCCAACCAUUUUAUGGACACAUGACAACAAGAAAAUAAAUCAUAAAGAAACGGGGAUGACCACGAGCAUUGAGAUAGGAGCCAUUGAUGUGCCGAGUUUUGGGGACUAUAUUUUGACGAUGAACAAUUCUUACGGGGUGUAUACACACAAAUUCCGUAUUAAGGCAGACGGUCCACCAGCACCAAUAAGCCACUUAAAUAUCACUGAUAUCACAGACAGUACCGCUAUUCUAAACUUCCAACCAGGGUUUAAUUACAACAGUACGCAGAAAUUCGCAAUUGUUCAAAUCAAUGAAGGCGUAUGGACAGUGCUUUUCGGCAAUAUAUCGGACAACACCAACGGUACGGGUGGCGAUAUGCAAACAUGCACGUUGCAAGGUCUACGAGAAGCAGAAAAAUACACCAUAAUGAUGCAAUCAAACAAUUUGAAGGGGCCUACCAACUCUACUGGAAAUCUGACCUUUUCUACAGAAGCAUCCCCUACUAAAGCCCCAGUCAACAAGACUGCCGAGAUAGCCGGAGGCGUAGCAGGUGGAGUGGCAGGUCUCAUACUGAUCAUCAUCAUCUUCUUCGUCAAGUGUGUGCGAUGGAGAAAGCCAGAUGAAGAAGAUGAGCCACUCAAUCAGCAGACAGUGUUGGCAGAGCCACACAGGUACAGAUACGAUGAUGCUUCGGUUUCGGAAAAGUAAGGACAGAGUGCUUCACCUCGGAAAACUUCACCUGGGUCCUUCAAGCAUAACGUUUUUUAAUCGGACGGAAAUUCUUCUAAUUCCAUUUUUUGCAAUUUUACAUCGUUUGCAUUGAAAUAAUGAUUUAGGCAUGAAGCCAUUAGCUCAUUAAAUUCAAAUAAUUGAAUAUAUGUUUAUACAAGGUAAUACUUCAGUCGUUGAGGUAAACACGUUUAAAUUAACGUACAAUGCUAAUGUGCGCGACCUGCAGAACAUAUAUUGAUUUGGUGAAGUAACACUAUAUUUGCAUGAAAUUCAAAAGUUAAGCUUUUACCUGUUAUUAAAUUAUCGAUAAUUAUAGCUACCACGUUGCCAAGCAACGAAAUAGUUUAAUACUGCUUUUAUCCCUGCUUUAUGUAUUAUUUAUAGCAUAAGUAUGCGCCGUGAAGAUAUCAUUGUUAUCAUUUACAACUUUAUCGUUUGCAUUGAAUUGAUUACAUACUGAUUAAAUAACGAACCACAAAUAGCUACGAAAAAAUGCCAUUUCGUGAUGAAACAUAUUGUGUAUUUUGAUUUAAAGGGUGGUCCUUUUAAUUGACCUUAAUGCGAAUCAAAGGUUUUAAGUUAUAUGGGAUUGUGUAUCAGUUUUUAU